UCAAACAACGGCAAUCUUUUCCUUUUUUCCUUCCAAUUCUUUCAUUAAUUCUUCCUUUUUUUCUCGAUUACAAAAUUGCUUCACGGAAUUUCUUUUCUUGCUUUUCAGUUUCAACUUUUUCUCUUUCUCCGAUUCUCUUCAACUCUCCUUCUAUCUCAUUUCUUCUCCAAUUCCUUCACUUUUCCCCCCCUUCUUUUCCUAGGGUUUUCUGAGAUUUCCCAUCAAUUAUUUUCUCGAUUUCUAACAUUUUACAUACACUUCUCACGUGGGUGUUACCGGACAACAAAACCCAUUUGUCUGAUUUUUAAAUUUCUGGGGUUUCUUCCACCGAUGACAUAUUAUGAGACGGAUAACGGUCGGAGAGGAGAAGUGGUGGCGGAGGAUAUUGAGGUGGGAAUUCGAUGUGAUGAUGAUGGUGGUGAUCACAAUGGUGAUUAUGUUAGAUUGAGACAGAGUCCUUGUGAUUGUCAACAUGAGGUUUCCUCUGAAGGGGGGGAUUCUUCUUCUCAGCCUUGUUCUCCAGCUAGGUCUUUGUGGCUUUGGGUUCGUUUGGUGGUGUUGUUCGUUUUCUUGGUUUCGUUAGCUGUUGUUUUUUUCAAAUGGGUUGGACCAUUUUUCAUGAAUAAGGAAAUAAUACCAAUUAUAAAUUGGGAAGCUGAAACUUUUAGUACUCCAGUGCUGGCUGUUUUUGUUUUCGCCUCAGUGGCACUGUUCCCUUCAUUGCUUUUACCAUCUUCACCUUCUAUGUGGCUGGCAGGGAUGACAUUCGGUUAUGGCUUUGGGUUUCUGUUAAUCAUAUCAGCAGUAACCAUUGGUGUAUCACUUCCAUAUUUCAUUGGAUCUUUAUUCUAUCGUAAAAUUCAAGGAUGGUUAGAAAAGUAUCCUAAGAGAGCUUCUGUUUUAAGAUUAGCAGGCGAAGGAAACUGGACUCAUCAGUUUCGGGCAGUAGCACUAAUUCGGAUCUCUCCAUUUCCUUACAUUAUAUAUAAUUACUGUGCUGUAGCAACCAAUGUCAGAUAUGGUCCUUACAUCUUGGGGUCACUGGUUGGAAUGGUGCCAGAAAUAUUUGUUACAAUAUAUACUGGCAUUUUAAUCAGAACACUGGCAGAUGCUUCACAAAAUCAGCAGUUCCUCUCAGCCCCACAGAUUGUGUUCACUGUCAUUGGGUUUUGCGUUACUGCAGCUACUACGGUUUUCUUCACUGUAUAUGCAAAAAGGAAGCUCAAGGAAUUGCAGAUAGAUGAUGAUCAAUUAUUGCAGUAGUUGAGGCCUUUUCCUUAGCCAGGCUAAACUUACUUAUUGGAGCACAUAGAGCUAACGGACAAUGGUUGCAUCAAUCGAACAAUGUUGUUCGGUUUCAAAGGAGCUUCAAUUUAAACGGAAAACAGAAAAUAGGGCAAAUAUCAUUCCCCAGAUAUCAUAAAUCGACUACAAAGCACAUUGGAAAAGCAACAAACGAUACGAAACAAGUAUGUUGUCUUUUAUCUCUAUGUCUGCUUUCAAAUCUCAAUUGUAAUGGUUGGAAUGAGCUAUAAUAGAGUAUUAUUGGAUUGGAUUGGAUUGGAUUUAGGCAAAUGCAGGGUCUGUAUAUGAUGUUAUAGUGUUGUUUGGUGAUAUGAUGGUACAUAAUAUUCAUUCUUCUACUGCUGAGUUCAAUGUUACUCAAUAGUUUAACAGUGAAUCAGUGUAUACAAUGUUUUUUUCUUUCAAUUUACAUUAUUCAACCUCUGUUGGCUUCACAUGGAA